GCAACUGGCUUUCAGAGUGAGUUGGAUGCAGUUCAAAUGACCCGAGGUCAAAUUCAAAGAGGGCGUCAAAAUACCGUACACUGGCAACAUUUUUAUUUGUUUUGAUAUUUUGUAGGUUGUACCUUAAACUCAACAUAUUAAUUUUUAGCAUUUCUGAAGUGUACCCUACCUACUAUAAUUUUUACCGCGACGAAGCAGGUCACCUUGUGGUCCUGAACUGUAGAAAUCCCCAUAGACUAAAACUGUGAUCUGGUGGUCACGUUACAUGUUUUGUACUUCCGGGUUUUGCAUAGGCAUAGUACGUAACGUUCAAAGUCCAAGUCCAUGCCAUGUACCUUUAUAGGUCUGCCGGACUUUGGUCAGACUUAGCGAGCCAGUCUGCUCAAAAUAGGACAGUCACAGUCGGCGAUGGAGUUCUUCACAGUGGUGGCAGUCAUUGCAGUUCUCACUGCGGUGUCUGUCUACUUUCUACUCACUCGACUGACUACGCCAUCGUCAUCUUGGCCCAAGACCAAGCAGUCUCAGGCUUACACACGGAAGGUGACACCAAAGAAAAAGAAAUUCCAGACGUCUGUCAACUCCUUGAACGACUUUGCGCCAGAGGGAGCAGCCUCAGCGGUCCGUGACGUGGCGGGGUUCUUUAGUCGCCAUGGAAACCAGUUUUCUGUUUACAGUAUAGACUGGGAACAGGAAAUGGUGGUGCUGGUUCGUCCCGUGGAUGGUGCGGAUAUGAAAACGCAUCCGUUCUUUCGCGAGGCUCAAAGGCGACAGGCGGCGGAGGUUCUCUGUGUUCCCUUGGAGGAACUCCAGGACGUGGCGAGCGCCGUGGCUGACGAGGUUGCGCAUGUGCAGGAAAUAUUCAUCUUCAUGACGGCACGUUGUGGGUCGACUCUGGUAACGCGACUUGUGGAGGCCACCUCUGUGGCACAAGCUGUUAGUGAGCCCGAGGUGUUCACCGCCAUAUCCAUGACUGUCCACCGGCUCAAGCUGUCCUCCCAACGUGGCCAGACUCCACCACAUCGCGGCUGUCCUGCCGUUCUGUCAAGUGAGGAGUCUACCGUAGCCCUUCUGAGGAACAUCGGCAUCUUGCUGAACUACAACCUCGUGACGUCAGAUCCACGUCACCGUGACGUCAUUUUCUACAAGUUCAAGCCUGGCGUCAUCCUUCUGGCUGAGCUGAUGGCCCGUGCCUUUCCGUCCGCCAAGACAGUCUUCAUGUACAGAAAUGGCCUGGAAGUUACUGAGUCGGUCAAACGAAUCUAUUUCAAGCAAAGUUAUGUGCUGUAUGCGACUCUUCGUUUUGCAGUGCGCGCUGGUCUGUUGAGGCGGGCUUUUGGAAGCCAUGACUUUAUGCGAUGUUUCGGCGAAGACCCGAAGUUCUCGACGGUGCGCUAUCGAAGCACGGGCUUGUUCAAUCUCUAUACGUGGUGGGCCGGUGCGAUGCAGCGCGCGGCAAAUCUACAGAAGAAGCGGCCCGAGUAUUUCUUCCACGCCAUCAUCUACUACUCAGCCCUCGUCCACGACAAAAAGAAGACAUUCCGCCUGCUGAUGGAGAAGCUGGGCCUGACGUGGAGCCCGGACGGUCCAGGACAAGACACGGACAAGAUCGAGAAAGUAUUGACCGAGGACAGCCAAGCGGGGACCGUCUUGUCUUCAAGGAAUUCGAAGAGGAGACUCGGUGAGAAGUGGAGCCCGGACGUUUCACCCCGCUGGGUGGGCCAGUGGGAACGAGAGUACAUGGAGGAAGUGUGUCGUCAUGCUGGGAACGAGGUCUCCGGGCCUGACUUUCUCCUGCCCGACACUGUAGUGUAACAUAUCUGGGUAAUAACUUUACGUUUGUUAGAAAUUCGUGCUCGUGGGCUAAUAGCAAGUGUCCAAGUAAUAACAUACAUCAUGAAAGUGAGUGUGAUGUGAGAAAAACGAUGAGGAUUAUACUACGUCAAGGCGCGGUCACAUUUCCCAAGCCGGGGCCCGGCCGGGCAGUCGUAUGGAACGAAAAUUAUGA